ACCAUAUAUAUGUCCUAGCAGAGGUUGAGGCAAUUACUACACCAACAAAAACAAGCCUAUUUUAGAUUCAAUUCUCCACUCUCAGUUUCCUAACCAACAUCAUGACAAUCUCAUCAUCUGAGAAGAACAAACAUGUUGCAGUUUAUGUUUUUCCCUUUGGUAGCCAUCCUGUUCCACUCCUAAACCUUGUCCUCAAACUAGCACAUGCUUCACCAAACACAUUUUUCUCAUUCAUUGGCACACAACAAUCUAACAAACCACUUUUUACAAAACCAAACAUCCCUAAUAACAUCAAAUUUUAUACUAUUCAUGAUGGUGUUCCAGAGGGUCAUGUACUUGGUUCCCACCCAGUUGAAAAAGUGAACCUUUUUCUUCAAACUGGUCAUCAGAAUCUCCAAAAUGGACUAGAUUUAGCAGUUGCUGAUACAGAAGUGAAUGUUACAUGCAUCAUUGCUGAUGCUUUUGUUGUUCCUUCUCUUUUUGUAGCUCAGAAACUCAAUGUUCCGUGGAUUCCCGUUUGGCCUCCUUUAUCAUGCUCUCUAUCUGCGCAUUUCUACACUCAUUUUAUACGUCGAAAAUGUGCUGAAAACAAUGCGAAAGAUAGAUCUUUGGAUUUUCUUCCAGGUUUAUCUAAGAUGAGAGUUGAAGAUUUGCCUGAUGAUAUAAUCAACGGUGGUGAAGACGAGACACUAUUCUCGAAAACACUUGCUUCAUAUGGUGAGGUGUUGCCGAAAGCUAAAGCAGUGGUUAUGAAUUUCUUUGAGGAGUUGGAUCCACCUUUGUUUGUUGAGGAUAUGAGAUCAAAGUUGCAGAAUAUGCUUUAUGUUGGUUUUCUCACUCUUUCAAUUCCUCUACCGCCUUUGCCACCUUCUGAGAAUGAUGAAACUGGUUGUUUAUCAUGGUUGGACAAACAGAAGGGUAAAUCAGUAGUUUAUGUUAGCUUUGGAACUACAGUGACACCACCUCCACAUGAGCUUGUUGCAUUGGCAGAAGCAUUGGAAGAAAGUGGAUUUCCAUUUCUUUGGUCACUUAAGGAUCAUUUGAAGGGAGUUUUGCCACAAGGAUUUCUUGAGAGGACUAGAGAUAUUGGGAAGAUUGUUCCUUGGGUGCCUCAAACUGAAGUUUUGGGACAUGAUUCUGUGGGAGUGUUUGUGACACACUGCGGAUGUAAUUCAGUUUUUGAAAGUAUUUCAAAUGGGGUGCCUAUGAUAUGUAGGCCAUAUUUCGGAGAUCAUGGAAUGACAGGAAGAAUGGUGGAGGAUAUAUGGGAGAUUGGUGUGAAGAUUGAAGGUGGAGUGUUUACUAAAAACGGAUUGUUGAAGAGUUUGAAGCUGAUUCUUGUGAAGGAAGAGGGAAAGAAAAUGAGAAAGAAGGCUCAAAAGGUGAAACAGACAGUGCUAGAUGCAGCUGGACCAAAUGGUAAAGCAGUGCAGGAUUUCAACACUUUGGUGGAAAUAGUUUCCAGUUCAUAAUUUAUGAGUCACCGCUUAUAUGUCCGGAGACAGUGUUAAUAAUCAUCAGAAACUUACAUAUAUAUAAUUGUGAGAUUUUAGAUCGAACUCAGAAUAAGAUGUGUCCCUUGCGAGAUUGUAACCAGUUGCAUGUUUGUUCCUUCUAAUGCUUAUUUAGCUAAGAGAAUUAUGAAGCUGUUCAUUUCAGCCUAUCUUAGUGAGUUUCUGUUAUUGGUUCUUUUUAAUUUGCUUUUAUAAGUUAGUUAGGAUUGUCGGUUGGUCGGUUAGAAAAGUUUGUUAUAUGAGUUAGUGUUAAGCUAACCAUUUAAGUCAAUGAUUUUCCCUUGUGUAUUAUUGUAACCACUCAAAACAUGAUGUCACUCCAUUUCAAGUUAAAAGUUAUUGGAAAUUUCAGUGUU